UGGAAUCGGUCCUCUUUCAUUCCAACUCCGAAACUAAAAAGGGAUCAAACUAUUCUAACAAUAGUGAUUAUGAUAUAAUAUAGAAUAUAUAUAUAUAUAUAUAUAUAUACAUGGAAUUCACUACGUUGAUAUAUAACGUGUCGGAAAAUAAUAAUAUAACAAAUGUUUCUUCGGAGGAUGAUAUCCUUUCGAUGGAUAUGUGGAUGAGACACAGGAUCGAAGUUUCUACUGUACUUUGCAUCGCUUAUUCUGUAGUAUUCGUUUUAGGAUUAUUUGGGAACAGUUUCGUCGUUGCUGUUGUAGUUCGAUCACCCCGAAUGAGAACUGUCACCAACUACUUCAUCGUCAAUCUAGCCUUAGCUGAUAUAUUGGUCAUUCUGGUCUGUCUGCCCGCUACUUUAGUGGGUAACUUGUUCGUACCUUGGCUUAUGGGUUGGUUUAUGUGCAAAAUGGUUUCCUAUCUACAAGGAGUUUCAGUCAAUGCUUCUAUCAACACGUUAGUGGCUAUAUCGGUGGAUAGGUUCUUGGCCAUUUGUUACCCAUUAAAAUGGCAACUGACUCGUAGAAGCGCUCGGCAAAUGAUCAUCGUUAUUUGGAUAUUUUCGCUGUUGAUCACGUUGCCUUGGGCAAUUUAUUUUCGACAAUCACCUAUCCAUUCGAGUGCACCGGACAUUCAAAUAUGUUCCGAAAUAUGGCCACAUUAUCAAUCGGAAAAACUUUAUUUCCUAAUUGCGAAUCUGUGUCUCAGCUACAUUCUACCACUUUGCCUAAUCACGGCCUGUUACGUGGCAAUAUGGUGUCGUGUGUGGAAAAGAAGCAUCCCCGGUGAAGCUAAAGCUGCCAACAAAGACAUAGUCCAGCGCUCAAAACUUAAAGUAGUCAAGAUGAUGUUAGUCGUAGUGGUGAUUUUCAUAUUGUCUUGGCUUCCUUUAUACAUUAUCUUCGCUCGAAUAAAACUAGGAGGACCUAUAGACGAAGACAGUUGGCAGGAGAAAGUGAUUUUAAUAGCGGCACCAAUAGCUCAAUGGUUGGGAGCUUCUAACAGUUGCAUAAAUCCAGUUCUGUACGCUUACUUCAAUCAUAAAUUUCGGCGCGGAUUCGUCGCUAUUAUAAAGAGUAGAAGGUGUUGCGGGACUUUGAAAUACGACACUAGAAGUAAAAACAGCACAACUUUGAAAUCUCAAUAUAAAGUUAAUUCACGUUACGAUACACAGUGCGAUUAUCUCUCUUCGUCCGCAGUUUGAAAUCGUGUCGAUCUGUUAAUGGUUAACAUAUCAAUUUUGAUGUCGUCACUUUUAAAAAUGUGCUAAAGACAAGAAAAAUAUAAAUCUUGAAUGUAGAAUAUUUCGUAAAACGAAAAACAUCCUCAUCUUCAUUUUCUUUUUGUGAAUUUCGUGGGGAUAUUUAGGGAACUUUCUACUAUAUUUAAUGUUAUUCAAACGUGUGCGUGUGUUUGGAAUCCUUCCAUCUUAAGUCAAACGAGCUUAAAGUUGAAUGGAAUCGUGGAGAAUGUGAAGCAUAUUCAUAUUUUCAUAUUGUCAAAUAAUAUGAGCAGUUUUAUAAAUAAUUCUAAUUUACCAGUUAGAAUUGUAUAAAUAUUAAUAUUGUAAAUGUAAUAUAUUUGUGAUCUAAAUAGUAAAAUAUAUAUGAGCUUUAGGACAUCUUCAUUUUAACUAAAAAAUCACCCAUUACCAUGAAUGGUAAAUAACGAGAUCCUAUAUAAUAUCAAUAACUGCCAAUCAAUAAAAUUUCCCUUUCAUCCAGAAUACUCGAGGGAAAGAAGUGCAUUAGACUCUAUAUAAUCUCAAUGAAUAGAAUAUAUAGACCAAUA